AUGAUGCCCCGCAUGUCGAGGAGCGAUCGCGAUGAGAUCUUAUAUUCGCGAUAUAAAACAUUACAACCGAUUGAAAAUGAUCUUAGAUUAGUAAAAUCAAUUAAUUAUAAAAAUAUAAGAAUAUUAGAUCAUGACGACAUCCAAAUUAAUAUUCAUCGACGUCCAGGACCAGUGAUAAUGGACGCUAACAACAAUAAUAAAGAAAUAAAAUGUAUGCCAACAUAUACAUUGAAUGUUAGAUGGGCAACAACAAUACGACGACCAUAA